CAUUCACAAUAAGACCUUGAGCGGAGGAAAAGUGUGCCGCAGAUCACGACGGAAUAGAAAGUGAAUCGUCGGAAAGGAUACGAUAUAUCGUGCCAGAGCCAGCCCACCCGUACAAAAAUAUAUACCUGUCGUCAGCUGCACACACGAUGGACAGCAUGGAUGUUUUGGAAAGCCAAGGAAUCGUAAUCUCGGAAGCGCAGCAUACAAUCUUGCAGGCAGCUUUCGGAGAGAUCGACACAGAGAAGAAGGGGACGAUAGAGACCGGUCUGGUGCCACAGCUGAUCAGCAAGCUACUCGGAGACGCAUCCCUCAAGAAAGGCUCCCUGCUCCAGCUACGAGCCAACACCAAGGCGAAGAACGGAGUUGUACAGUUUUCUGAAUUUGUUACCAUCAUGUCGGAGACGAUGUCACAGACGACAGAGUGGGGUGCCCUUAAGACCGAGAUCAACGGCUAUGUAGGGAUCGACACCAUACAGGAACAGAUCAGGAAGAAGGCACUGAAGAGGGGCUUUGAUUAUAACAUCAUGGUUGUAGGGGCUAGUGGUCUGGGCAAGUCCACACUGGUCAACACACUGUUCAAGGCCAAGAUCAGCAGACGGUCAGCAGAAGAGAACAGUGAAGAAUUACCGCCACCCAUCCCCAAGACGGUGGAAGUCAAGUCCAUUAGCCAUGUAAUUGAAGAGAACGGAGUGAGAUUGAAACUGACCGUGACAGAUACACCUGGCUUUGGGGAUCAUAUCAACAAUGAAAACUGUUGGAUUCCAAUAGAAGAGUAUAUCAACGAGCAAUACGAGAAGUACCUAUCAGAAGAGAUCAACAUCAGUCGUAAGAAACACAUUCCAGAUAGCAGAGUCCAUGUAUGUCUCUACUUCAUAGCACCCACAGGUCAUGGAUUAAAACCUCUAGACGUUGAGUUCAUGAAGAGGUUGGCCAAGGUGGUCAAUGUUGUACCAGUUAUCUCCAAAGCAGACACACUCAUCAUUGAAGAAAGACAGCUCUUCAAGAAGAGGAUAAAAAUGGCACUGAACAAGAACACGAUCGAGACCUACCCCAUGAAGAAUCUGGAGGAAGACGAGGAGGACACAGCUCUCAAUGAUGCCCUAAGGGACCAAAUGCCAUUUGCUGUAGUGGGAAGUGAUAAGCUUCACGAACUUGAUGGACGAGAAAUCCUGGGAAGACUUACAAAUUGGGGUCUAAUUGAAGUUGAGAACCCGAACCACUGCGAGUUCUCCAACCUGCGUGACAUGCUGAUCAGAACCCAUCUCCAAGACCUGAAAGAAAUCACAGACACCAUCCACUACGAGAACUUCCGCUACGAGAGACUCCAAGCUAGACAGAACACCAAGAAAUGUGACUCGACUACCAAGUAAACCCCACCCACCCCAACCACCACCCGUCCUCCUCUGUGUCUAUCUGUUUGUUUGUCCUGGUGUCUGUACAUCUGUCCUUCUGUCUGUCUGUCUGUCUCCACCCUUACAGUGCCUGCAUCCACCUACAGUUUCUACUCCCAAACCUGUUUGAUUCCAUUCCAUGUUUUAAAUUUUAAAUUUUCUAAUCAUUCACCUAACGUAUCUUUUGUAUUUGGUGGUUGAAAAUUGCAAUUUAGCUUUCAUCACUUUUCAUAUUAACAGCCAUCUCAUUUCGUCCAUCACAUGCUAGUGUUGUGCAUUUAUUCACCACUGUUUUAUCUGAGACAAACUUAUCUUCAACAGCGUGAUUCAAGUCACAUAAAGUUUGCUGUAUGUGUUUUUGUAAUUUUCAUGUACUGAUCUCAUUGCAACUACUGCAUAGUUCAUUUUUAUGAGAUGAUAUAUUGUUUUUUUGUAUAUUUCCACCCUAUUCAUAAUCUUGUACAAUUUGUGCACAUCGACCUGAUAAAUUUUGGUUUAAGAGCCACUUGAAAUGAAUUUGAAUGAAGUGAAACCAUUGUGAUUACAGAAAAUCCAUUGACAUUAAACUUAAUAUUGUUUCAUGAUGCCACGUGAGCUGCUGUUAAAAUGCUUUCUUUUGUCAACUUUCACCUCCUUCUUCUAUUUUCAUGCUGGAUUGUAAUUUUAAUCUAACAUAUUUGGAGCUCCAUUUGUCUAGUAAUACAUCUCUCAUUAUCCUAUUUUUCCACUGCAUCAUAUUUUCCACCCACCACCAUAAACCUUAUACAUGUGUGAAACAAGGAUAUGAAUAAUCUCCAUUUCAUGAGUGUCACACUUCCACUUAAUUAACUCAUACUUUUGUAUAUCACUUCAUUACAUCACAUGUAUCGUCUGCUUAGAGCCAGAAGGGCAUUAACUCUGUGCAAUAUGACGUGAGUUAUACGCUUCUCGCCCUCGGCACACAGUUUCCUUUCACCCCCCCCCCCCCCACCACUUUAUGUAUGUUUUUCAGGUAACAUAAGCAUUAUGUGUGAACAAACCAACCACCAAACAUUUGUUUUUCAGUGUGUGCUACAUCGUUAUACACAAAUAAUGUCCAUUCAUCAUACAUGUGUUAUACGCCAGUUCCUAAUAUCUUUCUCAUAAAGUCGGCUCAUAUCUGAAAGCAUGCAGAGUACUUAUAUGUUGCAUUAUUAUAUGUUUGAUGUUGACAUGGAUGAUUGGAGUAUUUAAAAUGCAAAUGUUUGAAGGUGCUGCCAUAUUCAUGAAGAAUUGGACUUUUAAAAAAAAUCCUUUAUCUUUUUUAAAUAAAAACAAGAAAGACAUGGCAUAGGACAUUGAACAAAAUAUAUGCAGAAAUAUGCAGAAAUGCUGCAAUAUCAGAAUGUCUUCCAGAAACUUUUCCAUGUGUUUUUUUUUCUCACAGUAGUAACAGGAAAAUUUAGACAUAAUUCAGCUGUAUAAUUGUGUUAGCUAUGAUUGAAAAAGUGACUAUAUAGAUGAGAGUUGAAAAAGAAGAAGUAUUGUGUCGUUUUUGCUGCUAUUUACAACACAGUGCCUUUUUAUCUUAUUGUGUUCUUCAUCAUUUCACAAUCAUCUGUUAAUUUAUAAUUUAUCAUGCUUUCAACUGCAUCCACAUUUACUAACAAGUUACUAAAGAUCUCUUUUUGUUGGUUUGCAAUCUACUAUUGCAUAUAUAUAUAUAUAUCUUCAUCUAUAUUAUGAACCAACGAAUCCAUACAGUAUUAUAUAUAUGUAUAUGAUGGAUUAUAAACCAACAAAUCCAUACAGUAAUAUAUAUGACGGAUUUGUCGGUUCAUAAUAACGCCAACGAUAUUUUCACAUUCCUUUGUGGACUUAACACAAUUUAUUUUGAAGACCAAGAGCAGUCUGUUUUGUUUAAAUGUAUCAAACAUUUUCCAUCACAAUUGGCAGAAAGAUAAGUUUUGUCAAAAUGAUGGCAUUCUUAUUUUUGUUACAUCUGCACAUUUGGAAUUUCAUUGGACCAUUCCAUAAAAUGUUGUGUUACAUGGAGCGUCAAUAUUCAAACGUAAUCAAAUAUGUAGUCAAACAAAAUGUCAAACAAGCAACAUCACAUACACGGCUCUCAGUUGAAGUGUAUACAUCCAUUUUUAAUUGCUUGAAAUGACCAAGGUUAGAAGAUGCUUGUUGAUAUAAAAGCUGAUAUUUGCAAAGAAAGUAUGUUUUUUUUCCAUCAUGAUUAAAACGAUUUAGCUUGAUAUAUGUCAUUAGUCAAUAUAGUAUGGUUUCUACAACAUAUGAUAUUAACAUCUUUCAUUGUGUUAAUGAAAGCAAGGUUAGAGGCUACUAGGGCAGGGUCUCAUAAAAAUGAAGUUGUAAACAUAUAGAGGCCAUAGAAAAUAUUAUUUUGCACUUUGACGUAUAUCAUACUGUUCAUACAUCAUUAAAGCAUUUAAAUAUCUUUAUGCUGGCAUCAAAUAGUAUCAUAUGCCUUAUUCAUAUCAGAAGCAUUGAAGGGGUCUCAUAGAUUUUGUGAGGUUUAGUAUUGGGAGACAUGAGCUGCAGGUUUAGGAGGGGGAAAAAAGAAGAAAGAGAGGUUUUAUUAGAUUUGUUCUUUGAUGUACCUUUUAAAACAAUGAAUAUAUACAUCACUCAUGCACUCUAGGCAAAGACAUUUGAAUUUAAGGAUGAGAAUAUACAGGACCAUCCAUUUAUACCAUGAAGAAUAAAUUGUGCAUUAUUUGCGUCACUCACUCAUACACUUGUAGAAAAUAAUCAUUAUUAAAAAACACUUUCACUGAAGAUGACUUGAAUAUUUGGAGCCACAAGAGCAUUAGCUCUGUGUUUCACCAUAUGGCAUUAUGCCCCUGUGGCUUCUAACAGACAUGUUUUUGUAGGGAGCUUGUAGUUUAUAUAUGGCUUUUUUAUUGGACAGUACAGAACUACAGAUGACUCGGUUUUAUCCUUUCGGGAGCCAAAUAUGGAUAUAAUGAGAAGCACAGACGCGCACCUAAUCGAUGUAGGUGGAAUAAAUCUUGUUAAUGAUAGGUUUUUUGAUUAAGUCUGUGGUUGAUGAAGCCUCUAUGAAUGAAGCAAAACAACACAGGCAUAAACAUUACCAUUCAACUAUUCCAGAACAAUGGAAAGGUUCAAAUGUUUCAACAUGUCAUAGUAGGCUACUACUAAAAUAUUUCAAGGGGUAUGGGCUAUGAUUUUGUAGCUAGCCUCGGCCAUCUUUUGGAAACAUUUGCAUUGGUGUUAUUUAACGUAUUGCCUACAUAGGAACUAGGUGAUACUAGUACCUGUAUUAGCCUAUGGGGAUGAGAUUUUCAAUAGUCAACAUGUUAAAUGCACAUCCAGCAAGGUUGACAUCAUUAGCAGACAAGAGGUACCUCUGAUUCGACGACCAUCCAUUUCAAACACUUUUUCACACAUACACUGUAGCAUAUGAUGUUAUUUCCAAGAGAAUUUAAAAAAAAAUGAUACUGCUUGGUGAAGUAGGAGGUGCUGUGUUUAUCAAAAUCAUUUUCUAUCGUGCAACUUUUUAAUAAAAUCUUUCUACUAUGAAACAAAAGGAAGAAUAUGUAGUUCGAUUUACAUAAUUAUGUAAUUAUGGACACUAACUUUUUAAUAGUACUUAAUGGUUUGCUGGAAUAUAAAAUAUAUGAUCAUUGUUGAAUGAUUGUAAUAUUAUAGAGAUUAUACUAGUAAUUUGUUGUCUAUUUAUGAUGGGUUGUCAUUCUAAAGUGAAAUAAAUCUUGAAUCAAUCAAAGUGAACAAAUUCUAGGAUGUUUUUCUAGGACAGUUUCACUGGGGGACUAGAAAUGAUUGUGUUUGUAUAUUGCAUUUGGAGGAUCUAGAUAACCACUAAUGAUUAUUAAAUCAAAAUUAUUUGUCUUUCGGCUUAUUAUUUUGUGAGUCCUCGUAUGAAAUUAUUGUGCUGGCAGAAAUAUAGGGAUGUAGAAUUGGUAGUUAAAGUUAAUCAUAUUUGUUUUGUUUAUCUUCUCAAAUUAUCAAAAUUGACAAUUAGUGUAGUAAUCAUAGAACAAUCUUGGCUAAUUUAUGUAAUCUAAUAGCAUCGAUUUGAAUAAGAAAUGUUUUUAAAAAUAGAGAUAAGAAAUGAGGUGUCCCAUGAAUUUGAAGGAUUGUGAUUUAAACACCUCAAAAUCAAAUUGAAUUUGUGGCUGGACUCUGGCUUCAUUUUAUGACAAAGCAAACAGAGCAUUUACAUUUUUAUAUCAAAGCUAGGAGGUUUUAGAGUUUAGUAAAUAAUACUGACAGUCUAUUAAACUAUCCUAUUUUUUACUUGAUACAUUUUAUUUAAGAAAAAAGGUGCUAUUGCUUAACUGAAUGACCAAUAAAGAAAUGAUAAAGUGCGGGUACCAGAAUAGAAAAAACGUAUAUCUUUACAUGAGUGUCAAAAGAGUUAAUUGUCUGACCAAAUUUUCAGACUUUGUGUGUGUUUUUUUUAUUUUGAUUUAUUCACUCUUUUUGUUAUUUUUAUACAUUUUUUAAAGCGAUGUAUACAUCUUCUAGCUGACAAUUUGGACAACUUAAAUAAUUGGAGCAAGAAAAAAAUUACUGUAAACAUUGACAAUGCAUAUUGCUUAUUUGUUUGUUCUAAUUGAUAGCAAGAAUGUAUUUAGCUGGUUAGGAAGUGUGUAAAAAACAUGUAACUUGCUUUAGACAUAUAAUCUGUCAGCAGUUUUUUCUAUCUAAAGAGGUGAAGUCAGCACAGCAUGUCUUUUUAAUAUAAAACAACAAGUGGCUCAUUUUUGUUGCCCAAAAUAUGUUAUAAUCAUAAUUUGAAAGAGAUUGCGAUGUCUGUAUUUUAUCAAGUUGUAUUUAUUUGACCUUUUAUUUUGAACUGUAUGUUUUACAUCCUGUAUUUUAUAUAAUUUUUCUUUCAUUUUCAACCUUGAGUUUUGUAUACUAUAUAUCUGUUUAUACAUUUUUUCUUCAUGUUAAUACAAAUCAAUGUUUUCUUUUAUGUGCAUGUAUACAUUAUUGAUGUCAUAAUAAACACUAUGCUACUACUACAAUA